UUCGGGGCUUUCCAUGGCGACAGCUCCAAGGACAAACCCCCCCGCGUCCCCAUGGAGCGGGGGACAGGCGACAAGGACGGGAAUUUCGGGAAUUUCGGCAAUUCCUGGAAUUUUUUGGAAGGGGCUGAACGCUGCUGAAGGCGUUUCCUCCCCCUCGCCCCUCCAAAACGCCUGGAAAAAAUCGGGAUUUUAACCUCCCACCGCUUCGUCCAUCUCCUGCUCUGCUUUUCCAUCGGGAAUUCUGCGGAAUUCCAGGAUUUUUUAAAUUUUUUUCCCAUUUUUUUUUCCUUUUCCAGCCCGAAAUCCUGACAACCUUGGCCGAUAAAUGAGGGAUCACCAUGCUGACCAGCAUCACCGACGGCUUCCUCUGCUGCCUCCUGGGCAAGACCCCCAACUCCGUGGCCCCCCUGGACAGCGUUGAAUCCAGCGACGGCUUCACCUUCCUGGAAGUCAAACCCGGCCGAAUCCUCCGGAUCCGCCACGACGUUCCCAACCGCCCGGAAUUCCCUCCGGAAGCGGAGGAACCACCGGCCGAGCGCGGCGCCGUGCGCUGCAAGCGCCGCAUCACGCUCUACCGCAACGGGCAGCUCCUCAUCGAGAACCUCUCCGACGCCGCUCACCAGAACCCCGACCCCGGCGCCGAGCAGGAAAACCCGGAUCCCUCCGGAAUUCCGCCGACGCCCGGGAAGCGUCGGAAGCGCAAACCCAAGAAGGUGGUGACGGUGGAUUGCGAGAAGCGCAUCACCGGCUGCAAGGGCGCGCACGGCGACGUGGUGCUCUUCUUCAUCCACGGCGUGGGCGGCUCCUUGGACAUCUGGAAGGAGCAGCUGGAAUUCUUUUCCAAGCUGGGAUACGAGGUGGUGGCGCCGGAUUUGGCGGGGCACGGCUGCAGCUCGGCGCCGCCCGUGGCCGCCGCCUACACCUUCUACGCCUUGGCCGAGGACAUGAGGGUGGUGUUCAAGCGCUACGCCAAGAAAAGGAACAUCCUGGUCGGCCACUCCUACGGGGUGUCCUUCUGCACCUUCCUGGCGCACGAGUACCCGGAGCUGGUGCACAAGGUGAUCAUGAUCAACGGUGGUGGCCCCACGGCGCUGGAGCCCAGCCUGUGCUCCAUCUUCAACCUGCCACCGUGUGUGCUGCACUGCCUGGCGCCCUGCCUGGCCUGGAGCUUCCUCAGGGCCGGCUUCGCCCGCCAGGGCGCCAAGGAGAAGCAGCUGCUGAAGGAGGGCAACGCCUUCAACGUCUCCUCCUUCGUGCUGAGGGCCACCAUGAGCGGCCAGUACUGGCCCGAGGGUGACGAGCUGUACCACGCCGAGCUGGCCGUGCCCGUGCUGCUCGUGCACGGCAUGCACGACAAGUUCGUGCCCGUGGAGGAGGACCAGAGGAUGGCGGAGAUCCUGCUGAUCGCCUUCCUGAAGGUGAUCGACGAGGGCAGCCACAUGGUGAUGCUGGAGUGCCCGGACACGGUGAACACGCUGCUGCACGAGUUCGUCCUCUGGGAGCCCGACACGCCCGCGGCCCGCGGCGACGGCGACACCAAAUGAGGGCCAGCGACAGGCGGGGACACCGGGGCCGCUCCCCGGAGCGCCGAGAGGGCUCCACGAGCCCGCUUUGUUUCCCUGGGCACGGAGCGAGGAGGCUCCCCCAGGUUGGGACGCGCAGCGCCGGGAGAAGGAGCGAGGAGAGGCGGCGGAGGCGGUCCCCAAGCCUGGGGACAGCGGGGGGACACUGUCCCCGAGCCCGGACGUGGCACAGCUGUGUCCCCAAGCCUCGCGGGGAAGGGAGGGGACAGCGGGGACGCGGCACAGUUGGUCCCCGAGCCAGGACAUGGCACAGCUGCUCCUCAAGCCUGGUGGUGUCACAUCUGGUCCCCAAGGCCGGGGGACAGCGGGGGUGUGCCACACCCGGUCCCCGGCCAUGUCACAACUUGUCCCCAACCCCAGCCGUGUCACAACUUGUCCCCAACCCCAGCAGGACAGCGGGGAUGUGCCACACCCGGUCCCCGGCCACCUCCGGCCGUGUCACAUCUUGUCCCCAACCCCAGCAGGACAGCGGGGAUGUGCCACACCCGGUCCCCGGCCAUGUCACAUCUUGUCCCCAACCCCAGCCGCGUCACAUCUUGUCCCCAACCCCGGACACGCCACCGCUUGUCCCCAAUCCCGGCAGGACAUCGGGGACACGCCACACCUGGUCCCCGGCCACCCCCGCCCGUGUCACCUCUUGUCCCCACCCCCGCGGGGACACCGGGGACACGCCACGCGUUGUCCCCAUCCCCUGGACGCGCCACCCCCGCGGCUCCAUCCCGGUUUGUUUUUGUCGCCGUCGUUGUCACCCCCGCCCGCAGCGACAGCUCCGGGGGGCCCGGGAGGAGCCGGCGACACCCCCGGGAAUUUGGGGGCGGAUUUCAGGAGAAUCCAGAAGUUUCUCCGCGUUGGGAUUUCCCUGGAUUCGGUGGGGGGGGGGUUCCCUGUGGGGUUCGGCAGCUCCUGCUGGGAUGAGGAUGAGGAUGAUUCCCGGGAUGUCCCCGCCUGUCCCCGCUGCCACCAUCGCUCUUAUGGCACCGGGGGCCACCCCCGGCCCUUCCCAGCGGCUCCGUCCCCCCGGGAUCCACCCUGGAGCACCGGGGACAGCAAAUUCCCGGGAUUCCCGGAGAUUCCCGGUGAUGAUCCCCUCAGGAUCCACUCACUGGAGCACCAGGGACACCAAAUUCCAAAUUCCCGGGAUUCCCGCUCAUUCCCGGUGCCGAUUCCCGGCGAUUCCCGCACGCAUCCACGGGAUCCCGGAGCACCGGGAGCAAAUUCCCGGGAUUCUCGCUCAUUCCCAGAGAAUCCCGGUGAUCAUUCCUGGGAUCCACCCCUGGAGCACCGGGGACAGUAAAUUCCCAAUUCCCGGUGAUUCCCGGUGCCGAUUCCCGGGAUUCCCGGUAAUUCCCGGUGCCGAUUCCCGGUAAUUCCCGCUCAUUCCCGGUGCCGAUUCCCGGUGAUUCCCGGUGUCGAUUCCCGGGAUUCCCGCUCAUUCCCGGUGCCGAUUCCCGGUGAUUCCCGGUGCCGAUUCCCGGUGAUUCCCACUCAUUCCCGGUGCCGAUUCCCGGUGAUUCCCGGUGCCGAUUCCCGGUGAUUCCUGCUCAUUCCCGGUGCCGAUUCCCGGUGAUUCCCGGUGCCGAUUCCCGGUAAUUCCCGCUCAUUCCCGGUGCCGAUUCCCGGUGCCGAUUCCCGCUCAUUCCCGGUGCCGAUUCCCGGUGAUUCCCGCUCAUUCCCGGCGCCCAUUCCCGCUCAUUCCCGGUGCCGAUUCCCGGUGAAUCCCGCUCAUUCCCGGUGCCGAUUCCCGGUAAUUCCCGGUGCCGAUUCCCGGUAAUUCCCGCUCAUUCCCGGUGCCGAUUCCCGGUAAUUCCCGCUCAUUCCCGGUGCCGAUUCCCGCUUAUUCCCGGUGCCGAUUCCCGGUAAUUCCCGCUCAUUCCCGGUGCCGAUUCCCGGUGAUUCCCGGCCAUUCCCGCUCUCAUCCCCGGGAUCCCGGAGCAGCCGCGAUCCCCGAUCCCGAUCCCGAUCCCAUCCCCGCUGUCCAGACCCCGCCAUUCCCACAUUUCCCGGGCACGAGCGGAGGAUCCACCCGGGGCUGUCCCCUCCUCACCGGGAGGUGCCACCCGUGUGUCCCCACCCCCAAAAUCCCCAAAAUCCCCGACAUUUAAACCAAAGAAAGCGCCGACCCCAUGGACCCCUCCCCGCUUGUCCCACACCCCACCAAUGUCCCCGGGGUGUCCCCUCUGUCCCAGCUGUCUCACAAUGAGAAUUUUACCCUUCCCUGGGCUCAAAUCGCCCCCAAAAAAGCCCAAAAAACCCCAAA